AUGGAGGAGGUGUGCGAGGGCAAGGACUUCUCCUUCCCCAAGCAAGAGGAGACUAUCCUCAAGCUCUGGUCUGAAAUCAAGGCCUUCGAAACCCAAUUGGCGCGCACAGAGGGCCAGCCCGAGUACGUCUUCUAUGACGGUCCUCCAUUCGCCACCGGACUCCCACACUACGGCCACAUACUGGCCGGCACCAUCAAAGACGUCAUCACCCGAUUCUUCUCCAUGACGGGCCACCACGUCAUCCGCCGCUUCGGCUGGGACUGCCACGGUCUGCCGGUGGAGAACGAGAUCGAUCGGAUGCUCGGGAUCAAGCGUCGGGACGAUGUGCUGAAGAUGGGGAUUGAUAAGUACAAUGAAGCCUGCAGGAGCAUUGUUACUCGGUACGUGGGGGAGUGGGAGAAGGUUAUUUCGCGGACGGGGCGGUGGAUUGAUUUCAAUAACGAUUACAAGACGAUGGAUUUGAAGUUCAUGGAGAGCGUUUGGUGGGUCUUUGGCCAGUUAUUUGAGAAGGGUCUUGUUUAUAAAGGCUUCAAGGUCAUGCCAUACAGCACUGGUUGCAAGACACCGCUUUCCAAUUUUGAGGCUGGUCAAGAGUACAGGGAUGUACCUGAUCCUGAAAUUAUGGUGACUUUUCCAAUUGUUGGAGAUCCGCAAAAGGCAAAUUUUGUAGCUUGGACAACUACACCAUGGACCCUCCCGAGCAAUUUGGCCCUUUGUGUCAAUGCAAAUUUUACUUAUGUGAAGGUCCGCAACAAGUACUCUGGAAAAGUUUAUGUUGUUGCUGAAUCUCGGUUGUCAGCUCUUCCUAAUGAGAAACCAAAGGAAAAUGUAGCACAUGGAUCUGUUGGUGAUUCAAAAAAGCUAAAUUCAAAGGCCAAAGGAUCCUCAGGUGGGAAAAAGGAAACCGUGGACAGUUCAUAUGAAGUAUUGGAGAAAUUCUCUGGUUCUUCGUUAGAGGGAAAGAAGUAUGAACCGCUGUUUGACUACUUUACGGAGUUCUCUGAUGUGGCAUUUAGAGUUGUUGUGGACAACUAUGUUACCAAUGACAGUGGUACUGGUAUUGUGCAUUGUGCUCCUGCAUUUGGUGAAGAUGAUUAUCGUGUUUGCCUUGAAAAUCAAGUAAUCAACAAGGGAGAGAACUUGAUUGUAGCUGUUGAUGAUGAUGGAUGCUUUACCGAAAGAAUUACCGACUUCAGCAAGUGCUAUGUCAAGGAUGCAGAUAAAGAUAUUAUUGAAGCAGUGAAGGCAAAAGGAAGGCUAGUGAAGUCUGGAACGGUUACUCAUUCUUAUCCCUUUUGCUGGAGAUCUAAAACUCCGCUUAUUUACAGAGCUGUUCCAAGCUGGUUUAUCCGAGUGGAGCUGUUGAAAGAAAAAUUGUUAGAAAACAACAAGCAGACUUACUGGGUUCCUGAUUUUGUCAAGGAAAAGCGCUUUCACAAUUGGCUGGAGAAUGCAAGAGAUUGGGCUGUUAGUCGAAGUAGAUUUUGGGGCACUCCACUUCCAGUCUGGAUUAGUGAGGAUGGUGAAGAAAUUGUUGUAAUGGAUUCUAUUCAGAAGCUUGAAGAGCUUUCUGGUGUUAAGGUUUUCGAUCUGCACCGCCACAAUAUUGAUCACAUUACUAUUCCCUCAAGCCGAGGUCCCGAAUAUGGUGUUCUUCGACGUAUAGAUGAUGUGUUUGAUUGUUGGUUUGAGAGUGGGUCCAUGCCUUAUGCUUAUAUCCACUAUCCUUUUGAGAAUGUUGAACAUUUUGAGGAAAAUUUCCCUGGCCAUUUUGUGGCUGAGGGGCUAGAUCAGACUCGUGGAUGGUUCUACACUCUUAUGGUGUUAUCUACGGCGUUAUUUGGGAAACCUGCUUUUAGGAACCUCAUUUGCAAUGGACUUGUCCUUGCUGAGGAUGGGAAAAAAAUGAGUAAAAGUUUGAAAAAUUAUCCUUCACCAAUGGAAGUUAUCGAUGACUAUGGGGCCGAUGCACUAAGACUAUACCUCAUUAACUCUCCUGUUGUGCGUGCGGAGCCGUUACGUUUCAAGAAGGAAGGAGUUUUUGGUGUUGUCAAGGAUGUAUUUCUUCCUUGGUACAAUGCAUAUCGGUUCCUUGUUCAGAAUGCAAAGAGACUUGAAGUUGAAGGGUUUUCCCCUUUCCUCCCUGUUGAUCUAGCCACUGUACAGAAGUCGUCUAAUGUGCUUGACCAGUGGAUCAAUUCAGCCACACAGAGUCUUGUUUAUUUUGUUCAGCAAGAGAUGAAUGGUUAUCGACUUUAUACGGUGGUUCCAUAUCUUUUGAAGUUUCUUGACAACUUAACAAAUAUUUAUGUGCGGUUCAAUCGGAAGAGGCUAAAGGGUCGAACUGGUGAAGAGGAUUGCAGAAUGGCACUUUCAACUCUCUACAAUGUCCUCUUGGUGUCAUGUAAAGUAAUGGCACCAUUAACACCAUUCUUCACGGAGGUCCUUUAUCAAAAUAUGCGGAAAGCUUUGAAUGAGUCAGAGGAAAGCAUUCAUUUUUGCAGUUUUCCUGAAGGAGAAGGAAAGACAGACGAGCGUAUAGAGCAAAGUGUUACAAGAAUGAUGACAACAAUUGAUCUUGCCCGUAAUAUUCGUGAGCGUCACAACAAGCCUCUCAAAACACCCCUGAGGGAGAUGGUUAUUGUUCAUCCUGAUGCAGACUUUCUUGAUGAUAUUGGUGGAAAGCUAAGAGAGUAUGUAUUGGAGGAACUUAAUGUAAGAUCUCUUGUCCCAUGUAAUGAUACACUGAAGUAUGCUUCGUUACGAGCAGAGCCUGAUUUUAGCGUAUUAGGUAAGCGACUUGGAAAAUCUAUGGGAGUUGUUGCCAAAGAAGUCAAGGCCAUGUCUCAAGAAAGCAUUUUAGCAUUUGAGAAAGCUGGAGAAGUUACUCUUUCUGGUCAUUGUUUAAAGCUGGGUGAUAUUAAGGUUGUUAGGGAUUUCAAACGUCCUAAUGGAACGACAGAAAAGGAGAUUGAUGCUACAGGGGACGGUGAUGUUUUGGUGAUUUUGGAUUUACGUCCAGAUGAGUCAUUGUUUGAGGCCGGUAUUGCUCGUGAGAUUGUAAACAGAAUUCAGAAGUUACGGAAGAAAGCUGCCCUUGAACCUACUGACAUGAUGGAGGCAUACUUUGAAUCGUUGGAUCAAGAUAAAUCAGUCUCACAACGGGUUUUGCACUCUCAGGAACAAUACAUUAGGGAUACCAUUGGUUUGCCAUUGCUUCUGUCUAGUGUGAUGCCAUCAGAUGCUGUCGUUGUUGCGGAGGAGAGUUUCCAUGGGAUAUCUGGCAUGUCAUUUGUUAUCAGUUUGACCCGACCUGUGCCAGUGCUUGACUCAGAUGCAAUUCUUUCUCUAUAUUCAGGAAACACAGAAUUUGCACGGGCUCUGCAAACGUACUUGUUAUCAAGGGAUCAUGCAAAUUUGAAGUCCGAGUUUCAACAAGGAAAGGGAAAGAUAAAUGUUGAUUGCAUUGAGAACACUCCUGCUGUGGAACUGGUGUUGGGGGAUCAUGUAUUCUUGACCGUCGGGGACUUCAUUUCUAGAACAAAAUCUCAGUAGUUUGCUUCUCUUUUUGGGAAAAUAUUUGGUAGAUUUGUUAUCCCAUCAUUUGUUUCGGUUUUCUUGUCAAAACAGUCGGAUGAAACGAUUAGAAAGCAAAUACACGAGCCUAUAUCGCGGCCAAAUGUGUUAACACGCUUUUAUUUGUUGUACAGAUGUAAACGACGCAUACUGAAAGCAGCAAGAGAUGGCCUAAUUGUUGUUUCAAAAGGCCUUAAUACAGAACUAAAUACGAUAUUUUGGUUAUUGAGAAGUGAUGUGAGAUUGAAUAUUUAGAGUUUCUAAUUGUUGCUUCAUGGUUAA